UCCUCGACGCUGCCUGCCGCUGACAUCCCAGUGGAUUUUAAGUGGAGCACCUGGGUUAAAGGACUGUGGAGCCGGCACGCCACCGAUAAAGUACCCCGAAUCCUCGUGAUUUCGCGACAAAAAUGUCUUGCGGCGCGUCAUCGCUUUAGUUGAUUUCUGUUUUCCGCGCCUUUCGCGUGCCAGCUCCAGGCCGCAACCACGGAAACGCUUCCGUCCGCCUACAAUCACUACCAAUUCAGUAAAAAGAGACCAUAUAUACGUGUGUACACAUUUAAACGCCACCAUGCCCCCCAAAAAGGAAACGGCGAUGAGCGAAUUCGAGCGCAAACGACUCGAAAACAUUGCUCUAAACAAUGCCAUCCUCAGUGGCAUCAGCACUACCGCAGACAAGAUCAUCCCGAAGCCCGUUGCGCCGAAGCCGAAGCGACCGAGCACACCACGCGUCAAACGUGAACCUCUUAAGCGUGAACCCCUUCGUCCAACGCGUCAAAGCAGCAGAUUGGCUGGACUCGGCGCGGAUACUGAGCUCCUCAAGCGCAAGGCCGAGGUGGAUGCCGAGUCUGAGGCAGACAAGGCCAGAGCAAAGAAGCUGCGUGUUGAUGGAGACCUGAACCUCGGUGAUAUUCUGGUAGAAGGCCGCAAAUGGGAAGGGGGCAUAGACGGAUUGGCCAGGUUAAAGGGGCUCGGCGUCAGGGGCGCGCAGCCAGGUGUCAGGACCUUUACUGAAGAGGAUGUAAAUAAGACGACUGAUAAGGGACUCAGAGAGCUGAGGCUUCGCAUGAGUGGGCUGAAGCUGUACGAGAAAUGGCCCGUCCAAGACAUCAAGAUCGUACCGCAACGCGUAUACUCCAUGGGCUUUCACCCAACUGAAGACAAGCCCAUCAUUUUCGCCGGGGACAAGGAGGGCGCGAUGGGCGUGUUCGACGCGUCGCAGGAACCCGUCAAGGUAGAAGACGACGAGGACGACGAGGACGCAGCGCUUCCGAACCCUGUAAUAUCCGCUUUCAAGACACAUUCUCGCACCAUCACCUCGUUCCACUUCUCUCCGGUCGACGCGAACGCAGUUUACUCGGCGUCAUACGACUCAUCCAUCCGAAAGCUCGACCUGGACAAGGGGGUUUCAAUACAAGUGUUUGCCCCCUCCGAUGCCGACGAGGACCUGCCCAUUAGUGCCAUUGACAUGUCCUCAACCGACCCCAACGUCAUAAUAUUCUCCACUUUGCAAGGCUCGCUCGGGAGGCAUGACAUCCGCACCAAGCCCGCAGAGGGGGAAAUCUGGGGGCUGACGGACCAAAAAAUCGGCGGCUUCUCGCUGCAUCCCUUACACGGCCAUCUCGUCGCGACAGCCUCGCUCGACCGCACCCUCAAGAUCUGGGACCUGCGCAAGAUCAAGGGCCAGGGCAGCGCCCGCGCGCCCGCGCUGCUAGGCGAGCACGAGUCGCGGCUGUCGGUGUCGCACGCGAGCUGGAGCAGCGCAGGCCACAUCGCGACGUCGAGCUACGACGACCGCAUCAAGAUCUACGAGUUCCCAGACGCGGGGAAAUGGGCUGCCGGCGUGGCGCUGUCAGAGGAGCAGAUGGCGCCCGCAAAGCAGAUACCCCACAAUAACCAGACGGGCCGGUGGGUCACCAUCCUCAAGCCGCAGUGGCAGCGCAACCCGCGGGACGGGCUGCAUAGGUUUGUGAUUGGGAACAUGAAUCGCUUUGUGGAUGUGUUCGCGGCAAACGGCGAGCAGCUCGCGCAGCUGGAUGGGGAUGGCAUCACGGCUGUGCCAGCUGUAGCGCACUUCCAUCCGACUAUGGACUGGGUGGCAGGGGGGAAUGCGAGCGGGAAGCUGUGUUUGUGGAUGUGAACUCAGCCUCCGUUGGGUGUUGGUGUAUGGCAAAUGGUUUGGGUAACUGUACAGCGUUUGUACAAUACAUGUAAGACCCUAAUGUCAAUCUACGGUCGCCG